UUCUGCCGUCAUCAGUGCUGCAUCGCGAUCGUACAUCCUCUGCCUCCCAUAAAACAUCAGACUAGCACCAGAAGCAGAAGCUUUUGUUCUCUGCCACCCAAGGCUUUUCCGGAAAGGGAGUCUUUUCCCUUGGCCGAAUAGCAAGUAAGAAAGGUCCCGGUACGAACGCGUUCGCUGUAGUUGAGAGUAUUUGAAAAAUAAUUACUGUGAAGCCGAGAACCUGCGAGUAAAGCGAAACCUACAUCGGAAAGAAAAUCGAUAACGGAGGCUUCGCGAAAACGGGUGGCCAAAAGUCGGAUUGGAGGCGUACUCGGAACAACGUUGUAACGAGAAACAAAUUUUCCUAUUAUAUAGGACGCAAUCUAGACCAAAUUUUUCUAGUUGUUAGUGUAGUUUUGAAAAUAAAUUAUCACCGUAUUUUUGUCAAACAUCGGAAAGUUCGGUCGCAGUGUAGCCUCGAGACGGGCGUAAAAGUGUGAGAACAAAGAUGAUGGUCCUGUAGGACGACACGACUGACUAAUAGCGAGGAGAAUUCGGUAAAAAUCCGCAUACCGAAGCAACAAAAAGUAGGCUAAAUCUAUAACUUAAACUUAAAGCAAAACAGUAUUUUUUUUAAAAAGAUAGUAAUUAAUUUAAAAAAACAAAAAUACAAACGAAUAUACCAGUUGAACAAAAUUCGGUCGGGUGCGAAGGAGAUUACAUAAAUUUAGGCGUGUGUAGGUGAAAAGUGAACGAGCGAACUACGAAAAAGUUUGAUCAGUCGUCGUCGGGUGCAAGCUGCAACAUUUUAGCAUCUGCCGUCACGCCGCCUCAACAGACAUCUAAUCCAAUGAAACCAAGUUUCAAAAACGGAAAAUUCGCUACAUCAAUCUAUGAAAAAUGUCUCUGCCAAAAGAGUGGAAUCUCCAGGCAUCGCAGGUUUGUCUCGAUCAACCCAUCAGACCUCAGAGUCUCUUAUCGGACGACAUUGAGAUACAGCCAAAGUACGAGAACAAGUUCCUCCACGCCGUGUAUCACCCCUCGAUUCCGGACCACUGCAGGGCCCCGCUCAAUGCAGCCCUGCUCGCCGAGUGCGACAACAGUGGAUCGUUGUUCUCGAUCCAGUCGGCACCGGUGGUCGCGACAAUCGGCGGCGGUGGUACCACCGGCAUCAACGGGGACAUCCCCGGCGACACUAUGCUGCCCAGUGACCUCAUGGGAGUGGACGCCUUCCUGGACCGGCAGCGGGAUUCCUACCCGGGAGCUGCUGGUCCACUUAUUAGCCCGCUUCAUUCCAACACCCUUCCUAAGGAGGAUCAUCGCACGGAUACCCUGCUGCGGCCUUCCUCGUUGGCUUUCGAUACGGGCUACCACGUUGUCAAUAAACAUGUUGAACCUCAGUUGUCUGCAGAAUUGGACGAGGACGACAAUGAAAACCUUCUGACUGUUUCAAGUUUAACCGCUAGGCCGUUGAUUGCCAAAUCUCGCGAGUUGAGAAGCAAGAAGGAAAAGCAACUAAAACGUAGAAAGAAGGUAUCCACCGAAACUAGUAGCGAAGACGGCGAGGACGGACCGCCGGACGGUGGCUACGGAUGGGUAAUCGUAUUUGGUGCAUUCUGCGUACAGUUUUGGGUUGCAGGUCUGGUCAAGUCCUACGGUGUCCUGUACGUUGAAAUCUUGGAAAAUUUUCCCGGCUCAUCGGCAACCACGGCCUCGUGGAUUCCGGCUAUCUUAUCCGCUUUGUGCUUAGCUUUAGCCCCGGUGUCUAGUGCCCUGUGUCAACGCUUUUCUCCGCGUAUCGUUGUAAUUAUCGGUGGUGUGUUCUGUGCUUUAGGACUCACGUUGAGCUACUUCGCCACCAGCUUGUAUCAUUUGCUGCUUACCUUUGGAGUACUCACCGGAAUCGGUGGUGGUCUGUCCACCACACCCGGCAUCGUCAUCGUUUCGCAGUACUUUGAGAAACGACGAGCUCUGGCCAAUGGAAUUACGAUCUCCGGCACGGCGGCCGGAAGUUUCAUUUUCCCAAUGUUGAUUGAACGACUGAUUCACCUGUUUGGAUUUCAUGGCACAAUACUGAUUUUGGGUGGCUGCAUGCUGCACGUUUGCCUUUCCGGAGCACUCUACCGUCCGGUGGAGGAUUCGUUCCCGAAGAAGCCAAACCAGAAGGAAAUUUCGUCGUUUUCCUCCCGGAUGGAUAUCAAGGACAACCUUGGUCACCUCAGCUCAUCGGAAGAUCACCUCAGCCGACGGUGCCUUGAGGACCUAUUCCUAGAUGAAGCCCUUCACGAUAAAAAUCGCAACAGUCUGAACACUGACGGGAAGUUCGUGAACGUGACGGAUAAAACGCUCCAAGAAAGCGAAGACGAACUGAAAGAUAUCAUCUCGAAUGCGAUCUUUCUCAAGCCAAUUGCGUCGAUCAAAAGCUGCAGCAUACUGCACUCGGUCGAAGAUCUCAGCACCGAUUCUACCUUUGUGUACAAGAACCGCGCCAGCGGGUACGACUCGAACCGGAACAGCAAACGGUUCAAGCAUCGCAACGAGGAGAUGUACAACCGGAUUCACCAGCAUCAACGUCAGGACAUCCUACUACCACCUAAGACGGAGCAGCAACAACAACCACCGCAACCACAAGGACUGACGGCGCGGGAUUCGAGUGCGGAUUUGAAGGAAAAGACCAAACCGGAAGGUAGUAACAAUAAUAACAACAACAACAGCAACAAUAAUUGUUCGUUGUCGCAAAACCGUGGCUUGAGUAAGAGCAUGAUCAUUCCGACGCCGGCGAGAGAUUUGAACAACGUUUUCGACGAUGAGUACGAAGAGUACAGCGAAGGAUUGUUGGAUAAAAUUAGCCAGUACCUGGACAUAUCAUUACUGAAAGAUAUCACGUUCAUUCUAAUGUGCCUGUCGGUGACGUUGAUGUCGGUCGGAUGUCCAUACAUGCUGUACUACUUGCCGGCGUACGUAAUUUCCCAAGGUUACACGAAAUCCGAGGCAGGAUACUUGGUAGCGGUCAGCGCAGCGCUGGAUUUGAUCGGACGUUUAGCUCUCGGGUGGCUAUCUGAUUUGGAUCUGUUCGACCGGAAAAAGGCUUACAUUGUUUGUAUUUUGGGAGCCGGCACGGCCGUGCUGACGAUCCCCUCGAGCGAUGCGUGGAUCGUGGUCGUGUGCAGUGCCGGAUGCUACGGACUGUGCCUGGGAAGCUGGUACCUACUGAUGCCGGUGCUGUUGGCCGACCUGUUCGGGACGGAUCGGAUCAGCUCGAGCUACGGGCUGGUUCGGAUGUUUCAGAGUAUUGGUGCUAUCUCGGUGCCACCACUAGCAGGUCUUAUGCGGGACUUGUCCGGGGGCUACGAGAUCUGUUUCUACUGUAUGGGUGUGUGCAUGGUGCUCGGGAGUAUACCGUUGCUUGUGGUCAUUAUCAAGGAUACGCUAGCGCUCAGCGACAAGAAGCUCACGAUGGACCGGAUCGCCUAAGGCCAAGGGUGGAAACUAGUGAGGAAGGACUGCAGAACGGAAUGGAGCGGAUGGAGUUUGUGCGUAAGUUAAGUAUACAUAUAUUAUAUUAUAGGUAUUAUGCUCGUUAUCGUUUAGUAUUUCGGGAAAAAAGGAACCGGGAAAACGAAGAACCUUAGCUGAAAUAUUUGAUGGGGCAUUGGUUAUUUCUUUUCUAAAGUGGGGAGGAUUACAACAACGGUAUUACAAACCAAGUACGUGUAAGCGCGAUUGUAGCGCACCUGACAAAAAGCACUCUAUAUUUUAAGCGCAUUAUAGGUUCUAAGAAACUUGAGGAAAAUAAAAGACUAGCGGUAACCGAUUUGAGGUGAAUAAAUAA